CUAAUAAUGUUCAAUAAGAGAUCGAUCAAUAACUGUGUGCAGGAGCAAAAGGCAAAGCAGCCGGCGCCCAGAGGUUGCUGCUGCAAGCGUUCGCAAUGCAUCAAAAACUACUGCGAUUGCUAUCAAUCCAUGGCCGUCUGUUCCAUUCACUGCAAGUGCAUUGGUUGUCGCAACACGGAGCAGCGCAUGGCGGUUACCACGCCGCCAUUAAAAACAGCGAUUGCCGCUAAAAGGGAACGCGCCGCUGCGCUCAGUGCCAAAGCAGCCGCUGCCGCUGCCAAGGCUGGCAUUAAUAUCCAUUUGCGUCCGGCACCCGGUUCCGCAGCAUUUGAGGGCCAACAAUUUGGAGCGUCGGCAAUGCCGUCAGCAGCAUCGUCACCGAUUCUACAGGUUUUCGAUAUGGAUGUGGGCAACAUAAUCACAUUGCCGCCACCAAACACUAUUGCACUGCCCAAGAAGCCGCAGGCAACGUUGUUGCCCAGCCCCAAGUCGAUGCCGCCCAAAGAGAUCAAUAUUAUUAAGCCACCAAUCACUGUGGCCCUGCUGGAGCGCAUGUUGCUGCAGGCAACCGAAGCCACAGAGGUGGACAUGAAUCCCGUGCAAGGGGGCAAAUUAGUAUUGAAGGAGUUUGCGCGUGGUUUACGGGAGAUAAGUGAUAUCUAUUCUGUUGAUGCAGAACAAUAAUCCAUUUACAAUUAAAAAUAUAGUCUCAUUGAUAUAAACA